GAGCUUGUGGUCAUCGCUCUCAUACUUGUAGGAGGCUAUAUAAGUGAGAAAUCUAAAAGAGAAUUGCAAAACGAUAGUGUACUUUUGUUCCGUUUUAGUAAGCGUUUACCGUCAGAGUGAAACAGUCGUGGACACAAACCAUGAUUUUUCGAUUCGCAGUCUUCUUAUCUUUUUUGAUCUUCACGAUCGAAGCGAAGAAGUAUUCACAGUUUUCGGAGGCUGAACAAUGGCAAGAAUUCGAGGAGUUUUUGAAAUGGAAGAAAGCGAAGGAAAUGGGUGAGAAUGGUCCGAGAGAAAUUAAAUACGAAAAACAUCAACAUCACGAAGAUCAUCAUAAUAUAUACAAAUCGUCCGAAGAAGACCGACAACUUCCUGUCAAUAAUCCACCACCCAUCGAUCAGGCAGCUUUAAUGGCAAGAUACAUUGUCAAUCAAGCUGAUUGGGUAUCCGUGGCGACAAUCAGCGCAAGAAAGGAAAUCGAAUCGUUUCCAGCUGUAAAUUUAGUUUCCUACAGCGAUGGACUUUUAGGGAAUGGAUCAGGGGUUCCAUAUCUUUACCUUACUACCCUGGAUUUUACAGCUAAAGAUCUUGCAAAAGAUAAUCGGGCCUCGAUGUUGAUGUCAUUAGCCCAAGGGGAGUACUGUAGAAACAAGCGGUGGGAUCCUAUGGAUCCACGUUGUGCCAGGGUUCUUCUAACCGGCAAGAUCAAACCAUUAAAAAAUGAAAGUGCGGAAAUCGAAGUAGCUAAAAAAGCAGUUUUCACGCGUCAUCCAGGUCUAAUUAAUAUGCCAGCAGAUCAUCAUUUCUAUUUCGCAAAAUUGAAAAUAAUUUCAGUCGUAGUAUUGGAUACAUUUGGCGGCCCGAAAUACGUCUCUGUACAAGAUUAUUUACAUCCACCAACAACGAAUAUUAUUGAAGAAUUCAAUAAACAUUUUCCUCUGAAAUCUUACGAAAGUAAAUCUGAAGAGGAAUAUAGUCCAAUUUCUAAUAUAUUACAUCCUGUGGUACAGCGUGUGUGAAUUAGCUGAAAAAUAUGAAUUAUAAUAACACCAUAAUUUUAUAUAUUUUUCAACAAGCUAUAGCGCAAAGUUUUGAUACUAGUACUUAUUUAAAUAUAUGGAAAACUAUGUAUUAAGUAUAAUAAAUAAAUUUAUAAAUUAAGAUCGUAAA